AUGGCAAAACUCACUGAUGAUGCCGACUAUGAUGCCGGCGAAACGUUUGAUAAUGCACUAAGUUUACUGUCUGAUGCUGGGAAUCCUGACAACUACUAUGGAAGACGACUUCGGACUAGGAUCCAAAACUGCGGUUUAAUGCGCAAUCCUCUUGUUUCGGUUCCUAUCAGAGUCACCUCUUGCUCCGCAGGAUCCUUCCAUUGUCUGCCUGUUUCAAUGAAUUCACCCCAUCGCUGCCACCGUAUCCGGUCUCCUCAAUGCGUUCUUCUACACUCUGUCUCAGGCUCUUGA